CGCUCCCGUGUUGCGUAGUCUGUAAACCUGACGUGACGUGGACAGCAGCCGAGCGGCGACGGCGAGCGUGCGAGCGCGCGCCGAGCGAGCGAGCGAGCGAGCGCGUGCGUGUCUGUAUAUGUGCGCGCGCGCGCGAGUGAGUGACGAAGCGUGCGGCGGCGGGGCGCAUCUCGAAGUGCCCGCGGCUGCUCCCUCCCGAAUGCCAGAGUCGCACGAGACCGGCGACGCGCUCCGAACCCCGGUCGGCUGGCCGCGCGUGACCCCGCGCGAAGAUCCCGCUCUGACGAACAGGCUCGGGCUCCGCAGGCAGGAAGAGGUGCACCCGAACUCCAUUCACCGACCCGUGCGCGAUGCCCUGGCAGCAUGGCCAAGUGGUUCAAGGAGCACCUCGGAUUCAAAACUACCAAAGCACCCCCUCCGGCGCCUCCCAAGCCGGACUACCGCCACUGUCACACCGGCGUGCCCGUCGCGCCCGGCUUCCAGCAGGGCAGCUCCGGGGCCACGUUCCCGAGCGCCGCGCAGCCGGACAUCCUCGCCGCCUACAAACUCCAGAAGGAGCUGGACUUCGAGGACCCGUACACGCCGAGUGGACAUGUGGCGUUCGCGCAGAGCCUGAACGCGGCGGGCUCGCCGGAUGUAAAGUACGUGUCUCCGAAGCACCGACUCAUCAAGGUGGAAACAGUGGAAAAGAGCAGCCCGGCGGCGGGCGGCGGCGUCGCGGUCGCGCAGGCGGCCGCCGCCGGGAGCGUGAAGUCUCCCACCUCCCCCCCCGCGGAGCACGACAAGGAGAAGCUCAUUAUCCUUGAAGACUAUGCGGACCCUUUCGAUGCGGAGCAGGCUGGUGCCGCUCAGACCACCGCGGAAAAAGUGACAACUGAGAACGAUGGCUACAUGGAGCCAUACGAAGCCCAGAAGAUGAUGGCAGAGAUACGAUCUGGAGGAAGGGGGUCCAAAGAGGGACCCGCGAGGCAGCUCCCCCUGUACGACACGCCGUACGAGCCGGCCGAGAACGGCGGCGACUCGGACCCCGAGCCGCCGCGCUGCCCCAGAGAGAGCCGCCUGCCCCAGGACGACGAGCGGCCCCCCGAGGAGUACGACCAGCCCUGGGAGUGGAAGAAGGAGCGCAUUUCCAAGGCGUUUGCAGCUCUGCUUUGUUAUGACUGCAUUAGCUACGAGGGCUCUGUAAAUGGCACUGGAUCAGAUCCCCACAGACGAAAGGACUGCACCUCAAAAUCCCUCACAGUAGAGAUUAAAGUGAUCAAGGACCUACCGUGGCCCCCUCCUGUCGGCCAGCUCAACACCAGCCCUCCCCUGGUGGAGGAACUGGAGUCUCCCUCCCAGACAGCCCAGCCCUCGCCAGGACAGAUGGGCUGUGACCAGCACCACCAUGUCCAGUUCGAUGGCGUGGAGAAGUCUCGAAUGUCGCCUACAAAGGAGGGCAAAGCCCGUCCCCUUCAGCGGCACUCCAGCGGCUGCCUGGUCAACACCAAGAUGUCGUCCCUGGACCACUGCAGCUCGGCGCUGGGCGAGCGCAUCGACCCAGCGCUGCCUCUGGAGAGCCAGUUCUGGUACCACGGCGCCAUCAGCCGAACAGACGCAGAGUCCCUGCUCCGCUUGUGUAAGGAGGCCAGCUACCUAGUGAGGAACAGCGAGACCAGCAAGAACGACUACUCCCUGUCCCUCAAGAGCAGCCAGGGCUUCAUGCACAUGAAGCUGUCACGGACGAAGGAGAACAAAUACAUCCUGGGCCAGAACAGCUGCCCCUUCGACAGCGUCCCCGAGAUCAUCCAUUUCUACUCCAGCCGCAAGCUGCCCAUCAAGGGCGCCGAGCACAUGUCCCUGCUCUACCCGGUCGCCAUCAGGACGCUAUAGUGCGGUGGUUCCGCUGCAGGCGCCGGCACUCGGGCUGAUGAACCCUCCCAUACCAUGAUCCCGGCUCACCUCACUGGCAGAUUGACUCCAGACCUCCUGCAUAGAAUCUCAUGUGGCAGGAGUCUUUAGUAUCUUAUUUAGUUUUAUUUAUGACAGACUCCCACUUCACGCGUCACGGCUACGUAUCUGAUGAACACUGAUCCUCGAGCUACUUUACUUAGCACUUAACGGUCGAAGAACAGAAAGGUACAUUGAGACGUGUCGCUGCGUUGUACCUUUUAUGACAACAUGCUUUUAUUUUCUAGAGAGUGCACAUGGUGACAGCUGUGCAGGAACGAGCUGCUCUGACUUCCUCAUUCGGUUCGGCUCCGGUGAUACUGUAACUGUUUGCGACUGGGCCCGAAGAUUGUAGGAGGCGUGCGAGAGGAAAGGACCUUUAUGAGGCACGUUAAGGGAAAUGGUCCGCUUGGGCCCCCUGCGGUGCGGCCGCCUGGAUAUUGAAUAAAGCUGUCUGUGAGAGCGUGGGGACGGAUCUCUAUCACGUCAUAGCGCAUGCUGCCUGUUAUCCAUCACCGAGUGUGUGAAGGCAGCGCGAGCACGACAGCGGUGAGACGCACGGGGAGCGUGAUGGACGCGGCAGCCCGUCCGACGCAGUACGACUGGCUGAGGCUAGAGACCGGAGCCUGUCCACAUGGACCAAAUGACCCCCCUCCACCCCUGCUUAGAAUGGCUUUGCAUCAGGAGAAUGAAAUACGCCUGCAUUGUCUACCUCAGAAAAUCAAUUUCCUUCGCCCAUCUUCAGAUCAAUAGGUACAAAGGGAUUGUGGACAUCGAUGUGCCCCCCCUCGACAUUCCCAAUUCCCUUGAAACGAAAUCAUUCAUUUUUAGGAACAUGUUUUUUGUUAAUUCAACAGUUUUAAUAAAUCAUUUUCAUAGGGGGGGGAGUUUUUCCAGUUCAGCAGUUGUAUGUAUAGUUACUAAUAUGAUACCGUGUGAUGUCAGUAACAGAUAUUUGGUUAAUGCCUUAUAAUGCAUGGGUCAAAUCAGUGCUCUAGAUCAGCUGAUUUCCACUUCUACUUUUAAUGAUUGUUCUGUGACUGUAAUUUAUUCGGGGAUAAUUAUUACUGAUGUAUUUGUGAUCGGCCCUCGUCCUCAUGGCUCUGUGCCGAUGCGAUCAUGUUCCUUAGGCCUCCGGCCUCUCAGUGUGGUGCUUCGCGUCUCUGUUGUUCCUCGUCCCAUGUUCGCCUCAGUGGCCUGACUCGGGGACGCGGGUCACGCCGUCUCCUGACCAACAGGAUGUCGAGCCUCACGAGAGGCGAUGGUCCUUUCCCUCCUGGACCAAUCACAGCGCAGCCUGUUCGAACCACAAACGACCUCCCUUCACCCCGGUCACGCUCCCACUCAGUCCUACUGUCAUUUACCCUUUACUACUAGAUGUGCAUACAUGGGUGAAUGUGAGUAUGCAUAUGUCCAAAGCAUUCAUGUGUAAAGCUUUUGUGUGCAAACGAAUGCAAAGACUUUAAGCGUGUGUUGAACCUUGUUGGUACAAACUGUUAACGGUUCCUGUUUGCAGCUUUUUAUUCCCCUGAUCUCAUAAAAGUACAAAUUCCGCCUCAUGAUGCACUAAUUGGCUUUCUCUCCUUGUAUUGACUCAUUAGCCACAUUUGAUUAUAGCAGAUCUGACCUAGGUACAGACGCAGCCCACAGCAUGGAAUCCUGCUGACCAAUCACAGCAGACAUGUGCAUAUUGCCAACAGUCUCCAGACCACGCAGGGCUCUAAUCAGCGCCGGGUGCUUGUGUGGUCAGUCUGUGCACAGUAAAACUACUGUCACUGUUUGGAUGGUGGUGAAUGAGCAAAUCCAAGGGAAAAUGGAAAUCUGUGGCCACUACGUGUCCAAAGUGGACCCGUUGUCUUUCUGUCCACCGUGUGCUAUGCAACUACAGGACAAACUGCAGUGAACGGAUGAGGACCGGGGCCAAAUGUUCUAUGACCAAUGUGAUGGUACAAGACGUCCACAGGGAUGAGGAGCAAUCAGCCGAGUGACCCGGUUAGCAGAGCAAGUGGGAUUUAUACAGAUGUUUAUUUUAUUGGUGAAGUCGUGUGAGGGUGUCUGUUCAUGUGAUGAGACCGCCUCUACAGCUUUAUUAGGCAUGAGAUGUUGUUGGAAUGGACCUACGUAGUUGGUUGAGAGACGUUCUGCUACGAAAGAAAAUGCAAAUUUAACAGAUACUAUACGUGUGAUGAGUUUUUCUGUUGCGAAUGUUCCCUGUCUAAACAGUAGAGUCUCUAUUUAGUUACUGCUGCUCAUGAGGAUUCCUCUACUAGAGGGAGGAGCCAGUGUAUGAUGGCCGCGCUUGGAGGCCUUAGCUUUGAAGAAAGGAAAGGAGGAGGAGGAGAGGGAGGAGGGUUUCAGUCAGAUGUGCUCUUCACACUCAGACGUCCUGAGCAAAACCUGAAGCCGCCGCCUCCUUCCGUGUCUUAAAGGGUGUGUGUACACGCAGCUGUGCAUGCACGAAGCAGUGUGUGUGUGUGUGUGUGUGUGUGUGUGUGUGUGUGUGUGUGUGUGUGUGUGUGUGUGUGUGUGUGUGUGUGUGUGUGUGUGUGUGUACUGGUGUAGCAGCCAUCAGCCAUUGACUUGCCUUGUGUGUGUUUUGUGUCGCCUUGCUGUGGUAAAGGGACACGGAUUUGGUUUCUCUGUGCUCAUUUUUGUGCCACGUAUGUAUGCACUACUAUAACAUAUCUGUACAGUCCCUCAUGGCCAAGUGUAUAUACUGAAUGUAUUGUAUGGGGACAUAGAGGCAUCGAGGUUCAAAAGAAAUAAAAUUGGGUUUAUGACUAAA